AUGGCCGCCACCCCGCCGCCGCCGCCGGGACACGAGCUGUGCCCGCACUGCCGCCGGCCCUUCAAACGGCUCCGCUCACACCUCCCGCACUGCAGAGCCGCUCCCGGCCCCGCUCCCGGCCCCGCCGCCGGCACGGCCCUCGGCCCGCGCAGCGGAGCCCGCCCCGCCGCUGAGAGCAGCAAGCGGCCGCCCAGCCGCGCCGCGGGACGGGGGGUGCCCGGUGCGGGUUCCCAGCGCGGAGGGGCCGGGCCCGGCCCGUGCCCUCAGCCCCCGGAGGAGCCCGCGCUCCGGGACGCGGCCGCGGCUCGGGAUGUGCCCCCCGAGGAGGUGAGAGAUGGCCCCGCCGCGCUGGGCCGGGGCGCGCAGCCGGUGAUGGAGAAGCAGCGCGCCGGGGUGAUGGGGGACGAGAGCGGGGGCUCGGCCCCGGGGAGCCGCCGCGCUCGGAGGGCGGCUGUGGACGGGCCGGAUCCGGGCCGUGGUGCUGAGCACACCAACGCAGCGCAGCCCGACCCGCCGCAGCGAGUAACCGCGCUAGAAACAGGCGCCACAGAGCCAGGCAGCGCCGGAGCUGCGGGGAGCGUCUCUGCGAGCUCCCAGGGAGGAAAAGGCAGGCGGUUAAAGGCUACGAAGCCUCCCGUGGCUGGGGCUGGCGCUGCAGGCGGCUGCGGGAGCGGCCCCGCUGCCCCCCUGCAGGAGGAGAGAGGCGAAAGCGAGACGGGAGAGCAGCAGAUGUACCUACAAGUUGGUGUGGAGUAUAAAGCCCCUCCCUGUGCUUUGCAUACCAAGAAGCUCCAUCUGUCAGAGAUAGAAGGCUUCGGAGGUCACCACGGAGGGACAUCCAAAAAUUACCUAACCAGCACAGAAAAGCUUCCAGAGAGGAAGAAGCAGAUGGCUGUAACUCCUGAGCCCAUCCCAAAUGCGAGGAGGGACACGGAGCUGGCUCUGCACCAGUCUCUGCUCCACACCUCCCAAAGCCAACCCAUCUGUCUCCCCCAGGCCUCUGGCAGGAGCACGCCAGCAGGUGCCAUGGGCUUGGAGUGGUUUCCAGACUUGCAUCCUAAUUAUCAUGGGCUGAGGCUUUUUCCAGGGAAGCCUGUCCAGGAAGACGUGGAGAUCACAACAAAGACACCAAAGGGCAGUUUCUCAGAGGGACAGCAAGGUUCCCUCUCGCAGCGGCGGCUGAUGGAUGUCAGGCUGGGGGAGCUGCCUGCCUGGUUGGCCACCUGCAACCUGACACCCCAGGGGCUGCUUGGAGGAGUACAGAGAGCCUGGAGCAGCUAUUAUGAGAAGUACAUCAACGUGAGGAGGGGUGGAGCACCUGGGCUCUCCAUGCUGCUGGCAGGAUACUGCCUCCUCAGCUAUGGCUGGAACUAUCAGCACAUCAAGCGUUACCGCUGGCGUAAGUACCACUGAGGAAGCUGGAACAGCAGCCAAGGAACUGGCACAAACACAUGUCUGGGAGUCAGAAGUGCUCAGAACCUGUUUCCCACCGAGGACUCAGAUCAGCAGAGGCACAUAUCCCCAGAGAUGGGUUCUGGAGUUGCUGAGGGCGCUGCUUUGCAUUUACCCUUCUGCAGCCAGAGCUGGUGCUGCCAGGAACAGCCUUUCGUCACAGCUGCCAGCAUUUAGUACUGAAAGAAGAAAGGGUUAGAGCUGCCCCUUGGGGAUCUGGACACAUUCCUGUGCCUCCUGAUGGAGGGGAACCUGCUUUAGCAGGGGGCUGGGCUGGAGCAGCUCUGCAGGGCUCUUCCCACCCCCACUAUUCUAUGCAGCCCAAAUCUCUUGCUGUGGGACACCAGACACAGGACAACCCCUUGACCUGGGCUGUGAGUACAGGUUAAUCCACACAGUGGGUGUAGUCAGUGUUGGGCAGCUGGCACAGCCCAUCUUUUACUUACCCCUCUCCUCAGUGAGGGUGAUGUGGGGGUCCCACAGGCCCUCCUCCAGCCCCUGCUUGGCCAUCAGGGCAGUGCUGUGGGGUCUGAGGGCAGGACCUUGGUGGAAGCCUGAGACUGAGGCUCUCAGACACCUGUGCCCUAGUUCUGGAGGAAGGAAAAGAUCCAUUGGAUGAGCUGUUGUGCCCAAAGGGCAAACCCUUGUCUGCAGCAGACAAAGGAGGACAGUUAGGAGUGCUAGUUGCAGCCUGCCAUCACCAAACAUGUCUGGGAAAGGGGUUGGUCAUGUUACAGGCAUGAAGGGUGGAAAAAAGAGCCAAAAAAGUACCUGAACUCUUUAUUAGAGCAGUGCAGCAGUACUGUGUCAGAGGGGUACCACCAAAAACUCCCUCUUGCCAUCAAUAAAAGCCUGUGUGAAUGCUCCUUU